AUGAACUUCGACGAGAUUUUCUCCUUUUUCCGCGAUAUCACAUCUGGGCUGCAUCACCUACAUACGAACGGCUACAUCCAUCGAGAUCUUAAACCGUCGAAUUGUCUUUUGCACAAUGAUGGCCUAAAGACAUCGGUUCAUGUUUCGGACUUUGGCGAGGUACAAGCCGCUAAUGAGCAACGUACCUCGACCGGCGCAACCGGCACGAUAUCGUAUUGUGCUCCUGAGGUACUACAAAGACAAGGCUCAGGCUUCGGCGAGUUUACGACUAAGUCCGACAUAUUCUCCUUGGGCAUGAUUGUUUACUUCAUGUGCUUUGGCCGACUACCCUAUCAGAAUGCUGAUGCUGCUAACGAUGAGAAUGAAGAUCUCGACAAGCUUCGCGCCGAGGUAUCGGCCUGGCAUGGAUUUGAUGAUGUGACCAGAGCGAGGAAAGACCUGCCAGAGAAGCUCUACAAGUUUUUGAAAAGACUGUUGAGUCCCAAUCCCGUGGAAAGACCAAGCACAGAACAAAUUCUUCAAGCCAUCAAAGCUGGAGGCGAGAUCGACGAUAUACCUAUGAAUACCCAAGGCAUCACUCAGGUGAACUUGUGCACUCAAAAAGCCCACCUCUACAACCCCGUCGCUUCAGCAGGGAUGUAA